GCGGAGCCGCCGAGGAGGAGAAGGAGGAAGAGGAGGAGGAGGAGGAAGGACCCGAUGGCGAACAGCAGCGAGCUGGGGAGCAGCAGCAGCCCGCACCUGCCGAGCGCCGGCGGCCUGCUGAGCGCCUCCGGGCUGAAAUUGGCCACCUUGGGCUUGAUCCUUUGCGUCAGCCUGGCGGGCAACGUGCUCUUCGCCUGGCUCAUCCUCAAGGACCGGCACCUGCACCGCGCCCCGUACUACCUGCUGCUGGACCUCUGCCUGGCCGACGGGCUCCGCUCCCUGGCCUGCUUCCCCUUCGUCAUGCUGUCGGUUCGCAGCGGGGCCGCCUGGCCCCACGGGCCCCUCAGCUGCAAGGUGCUGGCUUUCCUGGCCGUGCUUUUCUGCUUCCACGCCGCCUUCCUGCUCUUCUGCGUGGGGGUGACUCGCUACAUGGCCAUCGCCCACCACCGCUUCUACGCCAAGCGUAUGACGGGCUGGACCUGCCUGGCUGUGGUGUGCAUGGUGUGGACCCUCUCCAUGGCCAUGGCUUUCCCCCCCGUCUUCGACGUGGGCACCUACAAGUUCAUCCGGGAGGAGGAGCAGUGCAUCUUCGAGCACCGCUACGUCAAGGCCAACGACACGCUGGGCUUCAUGCUCAUGCUGGCGGCUGUCAUCGCUGCCACCCACCUGGUCUACAUCAAGCUGCUCUUCUUCAUCCACGGCCACCGUAAGAUGAAGCCGGCCCAACUGGUCCCAGCUAUCAGCCAGAACUGGACUUUCCACGGCCCGGGUGCCACCGGCCAAGCAGCCGCCAACUGGACGGCCGGUUUUGGCAGGGGGCCCACGCCACCCACCCUGGUGGGCAUAAGGCAGGCCACCCACAGCCAGAUCAAGAGGCUGCUGGUGCUGGAGGAGUUUAAGAUGGAGAAAAGGCUCUGCAAGAUGUUCUACAUGAUCACCUUGCUCUUCCUGCUGCUCUGGUCCCCUUACAUUGUGGCCUGCUACCUGCGGGUCUUCAUUAAGGCCAGCUCCAUCCCCCAAGUCUACCUGACCACCUCCGUCUGGAUGACGUUUGCCCAGGCAGGGGUCAACCCCAUCCUCUGCUUCAUCUUCAACAAGGAGCUCAGGGUCUGUCUCCGAGCCCACUUCCCAUGCUGCCAAAGCAUCCAGAGCACCCAGGGCACCAUCCUUUGCGAUCUCAAGAGCUUUGGGAUGUAGGGGGGGCUUUUCUCUUUCUGAAAAAAAGAAAGAUGGAUAUAAUUUUCCAUGUUUCUGCAUAUGAUCUCAAGAGAGAGCGUGACCUGUGGGGGACAAACUAAACCACCACCCAGCACCCAAACCUUAGGCUGUAAGAAGCUAUUUUAUUUAUUUUUCUAUAUUUUGCGUAUGCUCUCUUCAGAACAUAAAAAGGUUGCUGUCUAUGGGAACAGGUACUUGAGCAGAACAACCCCAAACCUUAGGCAGUAAGAAGCUGUUUUUCUUUGUGAUUGUGUGGUUUUUAAAAAAAAAAAGAACAAAAAACAGGGCUCGAGUUUCUGGUCUUGCUUCUAACCUUUCUAGACAUGAUUCCAACAGAUACGGAUUAAGGCCAUGACAUUUUGUUUCGUUUUGUUAUUCCUGUCUGUUUUGAUAAAGGCUUAACAAUUUUACUCAUGUAAUAUUUGAUAAGGGCCAAGACAAUUUUAUACUAAAGUUAUUUUUUAUGACCUCAAGAGGUGUUGUUUUAUUAUUAUUAUUUGAUUUUCAGUGAAGAACAAGAAGAGGAUGUUCCUGAUGUGGUCAGAAAUCAGUUUUUGGUGGGAGCUGUUGGGUUCAUUCAUUCUCAAAUGGUUUUGAGUAUUUGGAGCAGUUACUUUUAACUUUUGCUUGACAUGCAGUCAGUGUAGAACUAAUUUAAAUUUUCUUGUUGCACUAUUCAUUUGGUAAUAUUUCAGAACUCUUUGUGAAAUGUGAUUUUAAACUAUCAACUUUAAAAAUAAUCAACGAAGCAGUUUUUAAAACCUAGAUUGAAAUUCAUAUUUUACUGCCUUUAUAGGAAGUUAUCUACAAACCUGGGUAAUACUUGUACAUUUUGACUGUUUUCUUUAAUAAAAUAUUGAAAACCUU